CUAUGUAUUACCGUGCUCUAUCACUCCGCUUGAAACAUUUAGCCGUAUAGAUUGUCUAGUAGAGACGAAGGAUGGCACGUACUACAAAAUACCUGAAUCCCUCCCACGUGUUGAGUUUUUUCCAGUGACCAACGAUAACCAACUAGGGUCUUCGAAGUUUUACAACAAAAGGAAAGAUGUCACUGACCUCAUAUUCAAUGAUGUGGCUUUCCGUGCAUUAAAAAAUGUCGUGGAAAAGUGGGGUAACACUUUAGUUCUAGUAGCUUCACAAAAAGAAAGAAACAGAUUCCUUUUCGGAAAUCCAAAUGUUCCUCGUGAUUUUUCUGCAGGUUUGUACGUAAUGCUAGAGGCGAUAGCCAAGCAAAAGUACAACGGAUUACCCACAACAAGUCAUGAUGGUUUAUUAUCUUCCGGUCUGACUACUGGGACUAUAUGGUACAUGCGCCAAAAACUCGAGAAAAUGGGCGUAAUCAAGUCUCAGCCUUAUUUAGCGAAAACAGGCAAAAAGCCAGUGAUGCCCGGUUUACUACUGCACCAUCGCAAAUAUUAUUUACAUUUUCCGUUUCCACCUGCAAUUUUUAUGGAAAAGAUAUCUCAGUUUUUGCUAAAUAAACCUGGGAACAAAUGUUUUGGGUUCGAGAUUCGCAAGUUAAUUGGGCUUAAUUCUAAAGGCAUAAAGCGGACGUUGAAAUUUGGUGUGAAACAUGGUUGGUUAAAUGUUAUCAACACGAGUUUCAGAGAUGCCUGCGCCAUACUUCUAGGUAAAAGCGAGGAUGAUGUAGAUGAUGAUGACUUGCUUGAAAUACUUCAAAAGACAAAUUGUCCAGUUGAUCCACAUCAUCGCUAUCCAUGUAUGGUAAACUUAGUAUCACUUAAGACACAAUUUAGCAUGGAGUCAUGGAUAUCCGAAUGUGGUCAAGGUGAAAAUUCUUUUGGAUUCAAGAAAUGUAAAAAAGAAGAAUAUGAUAUUGACUCUGAUGAUGCAAUAGAUGAGGACUUUGAAGCUGUUGAUUAUCAAAUGGAACUAUCCACAACAAAACUUGGAAUUCCUGAUGACAGUAUUAACGAGUUAAAAUUGGAAGAUCGCCAAUCUGCUCCCAUCUUGUGUAAUACUCAGAUAUAUAUGAAUACUUCUUGUCUCCCACCACCUAGCAAAUCUCAGUGUCUUGUCUACGCUAAAAGAUUACUUGCAUUUAUUCCUUCACUCAAUAUUGAUGAAUCCAUAACAAUUCAGAUAGUUCGUAUCCUAGUUUUGCGUGAAUACACAAUGGGUGGACUAUUGGCGAUAACGAAAACAAGUUUGAACAAUAUACGUCGUACUCUGAAAAGUUUGGUUACUAUUGGCGCGUUAAAAACAGUGAAACGGUCUAUGGAUUCCACUUUUGUUCUGUACUAUAGUCUGUUCACUGAUACUGAUAGAAUAGAAGCUCGGAAGGAUAAAUUAAUCAAAUCUACACCAGAUUCACAAAUAUUACCUACUGUUCAAACACAACGACAGAACCGCCGAACAUUCGUCCUCAAUUAUUUGUCAAAAUAUCGGAUAAUUGCUUCUGAGUACUCAUUACGUCAGUUGAUAUGGGAUCAUGAACGUUCGAUUGGUUUAAAAAUUCGUAUGGAUCGCAAAUCAUUACGUAGAAUUCUGGAUGAAUUGAUUCAAUCGAAACUGGCUACUAUAAUCAAGACGAAAUCACUGAAAGGAGACGUUACUUUUAUUUGUCAUCCAGAUGUUAAAGAAGAUGAUCCAUUAGUACUAACGGCUAUUAAAAAUAUGGAUUUAGCAGCUCUUCGUAAUUUGCCUAUACAAGAUGAGAAAUCUUUAUCUGUCAUAUUCAGUGCUGAUCAAGUUUCCAUGAUUGAAGGUGUUGAUCAUUUAUCAUCUGAGGCUAUGACUAUUGUGUUGCAUAAAGUGCCAGUAGUGCCGAAAAUGCGUCGACGUUCACUCAUUCAUGAGUAUUUAUUUUAUGUAAUAUAUGAUCUGUCUAAUAAACAGCACCCUGUCAAAAUUCAGACUGAACAUGAACCUCCAGUCUAUUUGGAUGAUGAUACUUGGCGUCGAUAUGUAGCUCCUUUAGAUCCACUAAAAGAUAUGAAUAAGGGUUGGUUUCUAAUUGGUGAAGUUUUACGUGGUAUACCAUUUGGCUUAUACUUAAAACUUACAAUUACCACAUCAUUACCACGUAUAUUAUGUCGAUGGCUUAAAUUGGAUCAUUUGUUAACCGAUUUAACAAAAGAAGAAAUUGAACACUUGGAUUCAGAAUUAACCCGUUUUCAGCAUACCAACAUGUUACAUCAAAAAGAUAUACCACCUAAAGAAUUGUUACGAUAUCCGUUAAGAUAUGUUGAAUUACCUGGUGGAUCGAGAGGUCCCCUUAAUGAUUGGUUAUUAUCUGCUAAAAAACUCAGAUCAAUAUGUUCAGUGAUUGAAGAUCUGUCCGGUGUUGCUGGUCUAAUUUCUAUGCAAAAGAAAAAUACUUCACAAGCUAAAACAAGUAUGCUUGGUUUUCUGCAUCGUCAAGCAAGUUUACUAGAUACUCGUUCUGCUCUGCCAGCCUAUCAGAUUUUGACUAGUUUGUCGAAUACCAAUGUGAUACACUUUGAUUUUCAAUCUUCUGUAGAUGUUGCUAGUUAUUGGUUGACAAGUGAAGCGAUUGCACGCAGUUCUCCUCUUGGUCAUAAUUCAGUCAAGGAUGAAAUAGAUUUAGAACAUGUGCCACCAAUAGUACCAAAAGUUUCUUCUGAGCCGGUAGACGAUGGCUCUUUGAAUUUUCCGCAGUGGCCGGAAGAUAUUAUGUCUAAGUUUAGAACUAUUUUAGCUGAUGGCACAGAAGUAUACCCGUGUGGUGCCUGUGGAUAUCAUCCAUCUGACUGUACUUAUAAUAUACGGAAUUGGGGUGCCACGCGUCACAAUAAAUCUAGGCGCAAAGGAGAUGUUGACGGAAUUUUAAAUCUUUUGGAUGAAUUAACUGGCUUGGAUGAUGCCUAUGGAUUUGUUACUCCAAGUGAUGAACUUUUCUGGCGUUGGCUUCCCAGCUUAUUUGCUGAUCUCAAUGUACCUUCUGUUUUACAACCUGUGGAUACACCACUGCUGAUAACUAGACAGUCGAAUAGUGGUCCUUCUUCAAGGAAUACUCGUUUUCGUUUCUCUGAGAAAGAUAUGAAUAAGAAGAAUGAUGUACAAGAAGGUAUUCGUUUAUCUCGUGGUUAUAAACAAAGAACUGAAGCUCGCGAUACUGACAGCAUCUUAAAAGAUAUAUGUCAGCAAAAUGCUCUGGAUGCAUCAGGAAAUAUUGGGAGUAUAAGUCAAAAUUUAUCAGAACGGUUAUCAUCAUCUGAGAAUAAAGAAAAUGUAAUCAAUGGAUUUCCUUCACAAGUGUCAUCUAAUUUCACUCCUCGUCAAACAA